GCCUUGCUUACUCAGCAGCAUGAACGGAACUAAGCGCUCUUGACUCAAAUGCCAAGCUUGCUCAGGCUCUAGUUACGAACUGCCUUGUACCACGACCUCCACACAAUAUAUGGUGAAGGACACCUUUGUGGCUGCAGCUUUGGAAUUAUCUGCUCGUACAGCGUCUGAUCAUUGUUAUGACCGCUACAUUGGCAAACCCUCUUGCAGGGCCUUCUCACUUGAGAGACAUUAUACGCCCUCAGUUUCAUCAAAACAACUUUGCUGAAGAGAGCUUCGUUAAGAACGAGCUCGGCAUCAAGCUCGACAAAGAUGAUCAAAUAUGCCGACUUUCCCUCACCGCUGCAGGGUGUCCUCUGGGUCCACUGCAUUGUCCACUAAGACACACACAACCGUCAGCACAGAAUUUUCAGCCUCCCAAACAACUCCCUACCCAUCCUCGUGAUCGAGAACGUUUGGCCACCGUAUGCAAACAUUGGCUACGGGGCCUGUGUAAGAAAGGCGACGCCUGCGAAUUCUUGCAUGAGUACAAUCUAAGACGUAUGCCUGAAUGUUGGUGGUAUGCGAAGUAUGGGUAUUGCUCUGCUGGCGAUGAGUGUUUAUAUGCACAUCCGAAGGAGAGGAAGGUUGAGUGUCCGGAUUACAAGCGUGGGUUCUGUAAACUUGGGCCUUCAUGUCCAAGAAAACAUGUUCGACGAGUAGCAUGUCAAAACUAUUUGACAGGAUUCUGUCCAUUAGGACCUGAAUGUCCACGCGGACAUCCCAAGCCUGGAAUGCCGCCGCCUGAAGCUUACGAACCACCCCCACCUCCAACGCAUCGGGAACUUGGCCCACCACCACCUGGUUAUGGCCGAUACGCCGACUUCGGCGCAGGUCCGAUGGGUCCAGGUGGAGGGGGUACUGGUGGCCCUCCAGGGCCUCGAAGGAAUAUUGAAGACGUGGUGUGCUUCAAGUGUGGCGAGAAAGGCCAUUAUGCCAACCAUUGUACUCGGAAGAUGGUCCCUGGAAACCGUGGUGGUCUUGAUAGGCACAGUAGACGAUAUGGUGAUGAAUGAGCAUAUAUGUAUUGUUUGUUCGUCAGAGCCUUUUGAUAUUGUAUCGGCUAUACCUUGUAGACGUGCAAUUGUAUUUUCGACGAUCUUUAUGUCAUUGGUGUACCUUGUUCCCGAACAUUCAUAAACUGAAUUAUAUGAA